UUUCUCAGCUUGGUCCUCCCAUUGCUCUACAACUCAGAGAAGCAACUGCUGAGACCAACUUGAGAAGAGGAUGACCCUAAACAGAGCCCUGAUUUGGGGGGCCCUCGCCCUGACCACCGUGCUGAGUCGCUGUGGAGGUGAAGACAUUGUGGCUGACCACGUUGGGGCCUAUGGCGGAAGCUUCUCCCAGUCUUACGGUCCCUCAGGCCAGUACACUUUUGAAUUUGAUGGAAAUGAGAUAUUCCACGUGGACCUGAAGAAGGAGGAGACUGUCUGGCGGCUGCCUGGGUUAAGUGAAUUUGGAAGUUAUGACCCACAGGGUGGACUAAGAAACAUGGCUGUUGCAAACCAGAACCUGGACUUCCUGAUUAAACUCUCCAACUCUACCGCUGCUAUCAAUGAGGUUCCUGAGGUGACUGUGUUUCCCAAGGCUCCCGUGGAGCUGAGCCAGCCCAACACCCUCAUCUGUGCUGUGGACAACAUCUUCCCUCCUGUGAUCAACAUCUCGUGGCUGAGCAACGGGCACUCAGUCACACAGGGUGUUUCUGAAACCAGCUUCCUGUCCAAGAGGGAUCAUUCCUUCCUCAAGAUCAGUUACCUCACCUUCCUCCCUUCUGUUGACGACGUCUAUGACUGCAAGGUGGAGCACUGGGGGCUGGACCAACCACUCCUCAAGCACUGGGAGCCCGAGAUUCCAGCCCCCAUGUCAGAGCUGACGGAGACAGUGGUCUGCGCCCUGGGGCUGGCCGUGGGCCUUGUGGGCAUCGUCACGGGCACCGUCUUCAUUAUCCAGGGCCUGCGACCAGGUGGUGCCUCCAGAAACCAAGGGCCCUUGUGAGCCACACGCCAGAAGGAAAGGUGUGUUGCCAAUCUUGAGAGCAGAAGAGUGGACAUGCUGGUGACCAGCACUAUUUGCUGGCCAAGGCCAUCAUAUUCCUUCUCUCCUCCAAUGCCUCUCCUGUCAUCUCUUCUCUGGGACUUUAGGUGCUGUGUCCUCUCAGACUUCACAAACCCUUGGAAUUCUCCCUCUCACUCCUGACAUUUUUUUCUUUUCUCAGCCGUUACCUACUAUGGAGAUCCCUGAGAUAGGCCUCAUUCCUUGUGGCCCUGAUCUGAUAUCUCCAUGGAAGCAAUAAAUACCCUUUAUGAGAUCUUUUA